AUGUAAAUUAAUGAUUGGUUGUGGUCCUGUAGUGGGCAGUCUUAGAGCGCUCGAUAAAUGGCAAGCUGAAUACUUUCGCUUUACAGUACAGUGGAGAAGGCACACGACAUUGUCUUAGGCUGUUGAGUUUUUAUUAAACUACAAAAGAAGAAUCGUCUCAAAAAUGAAGCUCCUCUUGUGUGUAGCAGCUCUUGUAGCUGUCACAUUUGCACAGGAUACCAAACACACUGCACCCAAGGUCCAGGUGUACAGCUAUGGCCCAGCAGAGUUCGGGAAGGAUAACACCCUGAUCUGCCAUGUGAGCGGCUUCCACCCCCCAGACAUCACGAUCGAGGUGAUGAAGGAUGAUGAGGAACUCCGCAACGCCAAGCAGACUGACCUGGCCUUCAAGAAGAACUGGCACUUCCACCUGACCAAGAGCGUGCCCUUCACACCCCAGAAAGGAGAAAAGUACACCUGCAAGGUCACUCAUGGUCCGACGGUGAAACACUAUGCCUGGGACCCUAACAUGUAAGUCUCAUCGAAGGCCCAGAUUGAGUGAUGCCGGAUUGUUUGGCCCCGUCUGCAGCAGCAUUUAUUCUUCACAUCUCCAAUCAGCUGAAUCAUAGUUUUUGUCAACUUUCUCUUUUUUUUCCACACAAAACAUAAACGUCAACAUCAUAUCAGGGGAACUUGCACUUACAGUACUUUGGUAAUGUGAGGAAAUGCAUGGGCUUUGGGAUAUUUCUUUAUUUGUAAUCAAGCAGUGUGUUGCUUAGAGGUCUUGCACAUAUUUUCCAGCCUUUGAUACUGCGAUGUUUUAUCAACUGGAGUGAUUUUGUUUGUGUACAAUAAUGGCAAACUGUAAUGAAUUCAACAUUAACCCAAAUGAGGCAAUCAAAUAGCAAUUGUUGAGAUAAAAGUUAAAAGGGUGUUUUUCUUUUCCUGGACCACAUAAAGGUGUGAUGUACAAUUUGGAUUUUUCUUUUAUGAAAGGUGCGUUUUAAUGCCCUCUUCUAAAUAAAAGCCUCUUUAAACCCC